CGAGAACUACCGUAUACAGAAUGGCGUCAAAAAUUUCAAGUUUAGAUGGUGCCAAAGAGCGUGUGAAGGUGAUUAGAGAACAAAAUUACAGAUGUAGUGAGGAGGUGGUAGAACUCUGGGAAACAGUAUUAGAGAACAACAUACCAUGGCUUGGGGAUGAGUUAUGGUUAAUCUAUGAGCAAGUGUGCAUUGCAGCCUUUGAUUGUGGUAGAUUGGAGAUUGGACAGGAUUGUAUAACUGCCCUACAUAACAAAUUUCCUAAUAGUUUACGAGUCAUGAAGUUACUUGGUAUGGAGCUAGAGGCAAUAGGAGAAUAUGAAAAGGCUAAGCAAGAAUAUAACGAGAUUCUACAAAGAGAUCCAACUAACCAAUUUGCCAAAAAGAGACUUAUUGCUGUUCACAAGUGUGAGAACAAUUAUGAAAAGGCCAUUGAGCAGCUUACCAAAUACCUAAAUGAGUGUUGUGGUGACUAUGAGGCAUGGGGUGAGCUUUGUGACUUGUACCUUGGGCAGAAUGACUUCCAAAAGGCUGCCUUUUGUAUGGAAGAACUCAUCUUGCAAAACCCACAUAACCAUCUCUACUACCAGAGAUAUGCAGAAAUCAAAUAUUCCCAAGGCGAAUAUGCCACAGCUCUCUCUUACUUCUCUCAGGCUGCAAAACUGAAUCCAGAAAACAUGAGGGCCUUGUUUGGUGUUUUAUUGAGCUCGAGCCAUUAUGCACACAAUGAUUCCAAAUCCAAAAGUAAGAAUUCAAAAUAUGGAAUGUGGGCCUCCAAGCAAAUAGAACAACGAUACGAGAAAAAAUUACGGAAUACAACAGAUAAAGGCAAGGAGCAACUCAAAGCAAUAGAGAUGAUGUGUGAUAGCAAAGUUAAUAUUUCUUCACCCCAGAUGAACCAUUGAUAAUUACCAAACCGUAGAUUUAGGUUUUUCAAAUAGGAAAAUUGUUCCCAUAAUGCAUUGGCCUCAGUAAGAGUGAGAAUUUAAUAUUAUAUUAUUGUUGUUAUCUCAUUGAGGAUUUCAUCACUCCAGCAGAUGCAUUUUAGGAGUUAUUUUCCACACCAUACUUAGCAAACCUUAAAAUAUCAUAUUUAAUUUUAAAUGACAUUCAAGUGUUCUUAGUAUAUUCAUUUAUCUCAGGAAAUGUUGUGUACAGGGAAGCUGAAGAUUGGUGUGUCAUUCAAAUGAAGAUUGGUGUGUCAUUCAAAUGCUGAUUGCAUUGGAAUGAAUUAUUGGUUAUCAUGUCUGUGCAGAAUAUCAGAUCAUUUUGAGUGAUAUCUUUUUUAUUAUUGACGAGUUGAUAUCAAAUUAUAUCAACACUCAUUCACUUCGGUCACUUGUU